UGGUUUGUCAGAUUUUUUCGACGAACUAUUAUUUGCUCUGCUGCAUUUUCCUCUCGUUUCUCUUAUCAUUAUCAUUAUCAUUUUCUGUUUAUUUAUUUAUUUUAUUUCUAUUAUUGUUUUCGUUUCAUCAUCGGAGAAGGCAAUUUCAGUCCCAGACGCAGAUUCACGGUGUUUCCUUCUGAGAGAUGGAAGCUGAUGUUUCCAUUGAUAUUUCUAAAGACUCAUAAUUUUGCUCUCCGCUUCAAUCUCUAUCAUCUCCUUCUUCCCUCUUACUGAUUAGGGUUUUUCGGUCCAUGGCUUGGAGUGCGAUGAAUCCAGGUCUCGCGUUGUUGUUUUCACUUCUUUUCGUUGGCUGUUGUCGCUCGGCAGCUAAUGUGGUAUUGAUUGGGACCAACGUCACUCUUUCCUUCGACUCCAUUGAAGCCAAUUUCGCUCCUUCAAUAAAAAGUUCAGGGGAACCUGGGGUGCUUUAUGUGGCAAAACCUCUCGAUGCAUGCUCGGCAUUGACAAAUAAAGUUGAGCUGUCUGUAAACUCUAGUUCACCAUUUGCGCUUAUGAUUAGAGGGGGAUGUAGCUUCGAGGAUAAAGUAAGGAGAGCUCAAGUGGCUGGAUUUAAAGCUGCGAUUAUCUAUGACAAUGAAGAUGGUGGUGCCCUAAUUGCGAUGGCAGGGAGCUCGGCUGGUAUUAGAAUACAUGCUGUAUUUGUUACUAAAGAAUCUGGUGAGACAUUGAAGAAGUAUGCAGGCAUGGCUAACACUGAGAUAUGGAUUGUUCCAAGCUUUGAAAACUCUGCAUGGUCCAUCAUGGCUAUCUCUUUUAUUUCUCUUCUUGCCAUGUCUGCAGUGCUUGCUACUUGUUUCUUCGUUCGUAGGCAUCGAAUAAGACGAGAACGUCCACGAUCUUCUCAUCUUCAAGAGUUCCGGGGCAUGAGUAGACGUGUAGUAAAAGCAAUGCCAAGCCUGAUAUUUACUACUGCUUUAGAGGAUAACUGUACAUCAAUAACAUGUGCCAUAUGCCUCGAGGACUAUACUGCUGGUGAGAAGCUCAGAAUUCUACCAUGUCGUCACAAAUUUCAUGCCAUCUGUGUGGACUCUUGGCUUACUGCUUGGAGAACCUUCUGCCCAGUCUGCAAGCGAGAUGCAAGAACUAGCACCAGUAAUCCACCACCUGCAGAAUCAACACCAUUGCUUUCGAGCGCUCCCAACUCUGUUGCCUCCUCCUCGAUAUUAUCUUCUGUGAGAUCAUCCUUGCCACCAAGCUCUGCCAUACAAAUAUCCCCAGCAUCAAGAUCGCCUUCGGUAUCUCGGAACCACUCUCUUUCAAGCACCCCUUACCUUCAGCAGUCUCUUAGAUCCUCCUACCGCCAAUCCCCAUCCUUGAGCGUGAGCAGAAGCUCAGUUGAGCUCCAAAAUGCAUCUUCCCAAAGAUCUUAUGCUUCUCAUUUGGUUUCGCCGUAUUCCUCGUGUUACCCAUCCAUAUCACCUUUACAUUCAAGAUACAUGAUUCCGCUUAUUCCGAGUCCAAGCAAUGCCUCGCCAAGUUUCAUGGGUUCUUCCAGUCAUCAACAGAAUCCCUUGCAUUGUAGCGAGUCAGCUACAAGUUUUUCUCCGUUUGCUUCAGCUCGGUCUCUUCCCGAAUGCUGAUACAGGAAUGACGCAGAUCUGUGCCAGAUAUCGCCCGACCCUCUUUUUGCAGAGGGAAGGUCCGGGGUGGGGUGAGGUGAGGUAUGGUUGAAUUAUGGCAUCAUCUGGUUUGUAAAUCAAUUCCUCAGUCGUUGAUGUGUCUGAAAUACCCUGGUUGCCGGCAUCAUUGUAUAUUAUUUCAUACGAUUUGCUCCAUUUCUUUUGGCUUUGAAGAAGUUCAUUUGUAGAGGUUGUGAAAUUUUAAAGUGGAGAGUAUAUAUAUCUGGGGUUGGUUUUGAGACUCUUCAAUGGAUUAUGUGAUAGGAUACACUACAGACUUAGAUUAACAGCUAACCAGGAUGAUUUUGUGA